AUGCCUGUCACAUACACCAAGGUCGAGAAGAUCACCGAUGCUGCCGCCGUCAAGCAGGCCUACAAGCCCACCCACCCCGGCCUCUUUGAGGUCGUCUAUGCCGAGGGCGACUACAACUCCAAGUUGAUCGCCUGCAAGGCCUAUGCCAAGGGCGAGAUCAUCUGCCCUGUCGAAGGAAUCACCCCCGGCCCCAAGAAAUAUACCAGUGUCCAGACCGGCAAGGAUUCUCACAUUGAGCUCAACUCUGAUCUCGUGUUCAUGAACCACUCCUGCAACCCCACCGUUUCCCUCGACACCGACACCUUGACUGUCGUCGCCGUCGUUGACCUUAAGGAGGGCGACAACUUGACUUUCUUCUACCCCUCGAGCGAAUGGGAGAUGGACCAGCCCUUCCCCUGCUGGUGCGGCGCCGACCAGUGCGUCAAGAACAUCCAGGGCGCCAAGUUCUUGUCCCAAGAGACCAUGAACCGUUACUUCCGUACCAAGCAUAUCCAGGACCUGUUGACCGAGCGUGAUGCUGCCUCUGCUUAA